AUGCACAGCCAGGAAUGUGCCAUACUGGUGAGAGUGGAGCCAGAGUUCAAAUAUGUCGGGAACAUGCAUGGGAACGAGGUGCUGGGCCGUGAGCUGCUGCUGCAGCUCUCCGAAUUCCUGUGCGAGGAGUACCGCCGGGGCAACGAGCGGAUCACCCGCCUCAUCCACAACACGCGCAUCCACAUCAUGCCCUCCAUGAACCCCGACGGGUACGAAGUGGCUGCCAAACAGGGAACCACCAGGCAGCGAUCGCCUCCUCCAGCCGGCAACGGGUACUUGACGGGGAGGAACAACGCCAACGGAGUGGACCUGAACCGCAACUUCCCUGACCUCAACACAUUCAUGUACUACAGCGGGGAAAUCAGCGGGCCAAAUCACCACAUCCCGCUGCCUGAGAACUGGAAAAGCCAGGUGGAGCCGGAGACACUGGCUGUGAUCCAGUGGAUCAGCAGCUACAACUUUGUGCUCUCGGCCAAUCUGCACGGUGGAGCGGUGGUGGCAAAUUACCCCUAUGACAAGUCUCAGGACCAGCGGUUCACGAGCCAGAAGCAGGGUCACCUACAGCAGCUGGCCAAGACCUACUCGUACGCCCACGGCUGGAUGCACCCAGGCUGGAACUGUGGGGACUACUUUGCUGAUGGCAUCACGAAUGGGGCAUCCUGGUACUCACUCAGCAAAGGCAUGCAGGACUUUAAUUACCUCUACACCAACUGCUUUGAAAUCACCCUGGAGCUGAGCUGCAAUAAGUUCCCCCCCGAGGAGGACCUGGAGCGGCAGUGGAUGGCCAACCGGGAGGCUCUUGUUGCUUUCAUUGAAGAGGUUCACCAGGGCAUCAAAGGGAUGGUGUCAGACGAGAACAACAACGGCAUUGCAGGAGCGGUGAUUUCUGUCCAGGGAAUCAGCCAUGACAUCACUUCUGGUGAUAUGGGGGAUUAUUUCCGGCUGCUGCUGCCUGGCACUUACACAGUCACAGCCUCCGCAGAGGGGUACCAGCCCCAGACAGUGACAACAACAGUGGGCCCAGCUGAACCUUCAUUGGUGCAUUUCCAGCUCAAACAAGAUGUGGUGAGGAAGCCCCCAGACCGUAAGGCCUCAGGCACACACACGAACAACAAAGCCCAUCAGAAAAAGGUAGUGCCAAGAGCCACCCGCCACGGGACCCAAAGCUGA